GCCCUUCUCUAGUCCUGACUUGACGGCAAUUCACAUCUGCCAUUCACAAUCAUGGGUGCUGGCAGUUCUAAGCCCGAGGCUGCGGGCGGCUCUAACCAUGUCUUCUCCAGCAACUCGCCCGUCCAGUUCUCCUCCAACCUAGUGGAUGCCCUCCAGUCCACUUCCGAGACGGACUCCUCUCGCACCAAGUCCCUCGAGCUCGAAAUCCAGAAGCGCGUGGCCCAGGAACUCGAGCGCCUCCGCGAGCGCGAGCAGCAAACCCUCGCCGAGAUCGAGAAGAAGCUCGCCGAAGUGAAGGAUACUGGCUCUCUUCCCGUGACCGCUGCGACUGCGCCCGUCGCCUCUACCAGCUCCGGCUACCCAGCCGGCUCCUUGAACCUUGACGCGCCGCGAAUUCCCUUCGCAGGACGCGAGUACGAACCCUCCCCGGUCUUCACCGCGCCCCAGGCAUCCGCGCCCCAGGCUGCGGUCAACCGCGACGUCUCGCGGAAUUCAGUGGCAAGCGAGAUCGACCAGCUGCGCAGCCGGCUCGAUGGGCGGAGAAAGUUGGCCGAGCUGGAUGAGGGUGUUUCGAAGGCGAAGGCUGAUGUUGUUGCUUGCUUGCGGUUGAAUGACCGUCGACCGCUGGAUUGCUGGAAGGAGGUUGAUGCAUUCAAGCGCGAGGUCGCUAAGAUGGAGCAGGCUUUCGUGGACCGUAUUGUUGGUUAGAGUUAUGUUUUCCAGAUGAACCCGCGGCUGGGAUAUGAAACCUGCUUUUUGGCCGUGGCUGCUGGGCUGUAUGUAUAGAUUGCAAUUUUUUGUUUGCCAUGAAUCUGCAUAGGAUAAAUUGAUC